CGUCUGCAGGCCCCUGCAGUGAGAGCGGCGCAUCUGGAGGAGAGCUGUCCGGCCGGGGAGGUGGAGGACGGGGAGAGAAGAGGAAGGAGGCUCCGGGAGCAAGCGAGACGAACAGGGCCAGGCCUGGGACUCGGGGAGAGAAACACGGGAGAGCGGCGAGAGACGAGGGAUCAUCUUUCAUUUUUUCUUUUCUUUUUGUUCAUUUGAGUUUGGAACUUCCCCCAUCUACACCCCUCCGCACGGAUCAUCAACAACUGUGCCCACAAGCCCGCAAGACUCUGAACGAUGCCGUCCAACACUGUCACCAACGCCAACGCCACCGCAUUCAAAGGCUCCGACUUCGCCGAUUCACCCGGAAACAGAAUGGGUGAGAGCACAAUACUGGACACGGACCUGAUGGCAGAGGAAAAGCCGGCCAAGAGCAGCGGCUCUUGUAAAACUGGCAAGCCCGGAAGAAAGCGCAAGCAGUUUCCAGUUGAGAGCUGUGGCCCGCUCAAAGAUGGCGUGGGCAACAGCUACGCUGGGGCGGGUAGGCCCACGCCGCUCCACAACGGAGACAUGGGCGGGCACAGAGACAGGACGUCCGACGCCUGCUUCCCCAAACAGGAGAAGAGGGAAGUGGAGAACGGGAUCCCCAGAGGCCCUCCCUCCUGCCGGGCAGGGGACAGCUCCCAGGGUCAGAGCCCGAGCCCGAGCCCGAGCCCGAGCCCGAGCCCGAGCCCUUCCCAGGAGAACGGAUUCCUGCCCGGCCGCGAGGAGCAGGACUCGGAGAAAGACGGGGACGACGGCCUGAUGGCGCCGCACAAGAAAAGAGGGAGGCGGAAACUGGAACGCCCGACGAAAUAUGUGGAGCACAAGGAGGAGGACGGUGGCGAUGCAGUCAAGACCGAGGGAGGUCGAGGCAGGCUGCGUGGGGGAGUUGAUUGGGAGAUCAGCCUUCGUCAGAGGCCCAUGCCCAGAAUAACCUUCCAGGCUGGUGACCCUUAUUACAUUAGCAAGCGGACCAGAGAGGAGUGGCUGGCCAAGUGGAAGAUGGAGGCAGAGAAAAAGGCCAAACUGAUGUCAGCGAUGAACACAAUGAAGGAUCACGAGGAGAAUGAAACGGACACCCAGAAAGAAGAGGUCUCAAUUGUAAAGCACCCGCAGCCUUCAAAGCAGCAGCAGCAGCAGCAGCAGCAGCAGCCGCUGCCGCCGCCGCCGCCUCAGUGUCAGUCUCAGUCUCAGCCUCAGUAUCAACAGCAAUCACAGCUGUCGCUACCACAGCAGCAGCAGCAACAGCAGCCGCCACAACAACAACAACAACAUCAGCAGAUGCCUCAGCCACAGCAGCAGCAGCAGCAGCAGCAGCAGCAGCAGCAGCAGCAGCAGCAGCCCACUGACCCGGCUUCCCCCACUGUGGCCACGACCCCUGAGCCUGUCGCCAUCGCAGGUGGAGACAAGACCUGCCCCAAGUCUGUAGACACUGAGCCAGAGUACGAGGACGGUCGUGGUUUUGGCAUCGGCGAGCUGGUUUGGGGGAAGCUGCGAGGGUUCUCGUGGUGGCCAGGCCGCAUCGUCUCUUGGUGGAUGACGGGACGGAGCCGAGCUGCUGAGGGAACCAGAUGGGUCAUGUGGUUUGGAGAUGGAAAAUUCUCAGUGGUCUGCGUAGAGAAACUCAUGCCUUUAAGUUCCUUUAGCAAUGCCUUUCACCAACCAACUUACAACAAGCAGCCCAUGUACAAGAAAGCCAUCUACGAAGUGCUACAGGUGGCUAGCAGCCGGGCGGGCAAAGCCUUCAUGGCCUGCCCCGACAGUGAUGAGACAGAAACCUCCAAAUCGGUAGAGAUGCUGAACAAGCAGAUGAUUGAAUGGGCUAUGACGGGAUUUCAACCCACUGGACCCAAGGCCUUAGAGCCGCCGGAGGAGGAGCGUAACCCAUACAAAGAGGUUUACCCCGAGAUAUUUGUGGAGCCAGAAGCCGCAGCCUACACGCCACCUCCAGCCAAAAAGCCUCGCAAAAGCACAGCGGAGAAACCCAAGGUCAAGGACAUCAUUGAUGAGAGGACACGAGAGCGGCUCGUUUAUGAAGUGAGACAAAAGUGCCGCAGCAUAGAGGACAUCUGUAUCUCCUGUGGAAGUCUGAACGUCAGCCGUGAGCACCCACUGUUUGGUGGAGGAAUGUGCCAGAGUUGUAAGAACUGCUUCCUAGAAUGUGCGUACCAAUAUGACGACGACGGUUACCAGUCGUACUGCACUAUCUGCUGCGGAGGACGAGAGGUGCUCAUGUGUGGAAACAACAACUGUUGUCGGUGUUUCUGUGUGGAGUGUGUCGACCUCCUCGUGGGCCAAGGCGCGGCCCACGCUGCCAUCAAAGAGGACCCGUGGAACUGCUACAUGUGCGGCCAGACGGGUGUGUUCGGUCUGCUGGAACGUCGCAGCGACUGGCCCAGCCGCCUCCAGCACUUCUUCGCCAAAAAUCACGACCAGGACUUUGAUCCACCAAAGCUUUACGCCCCAGUCAUGGUGGAGAAGAGGAAGCCCAUUCGUGUCUUGUCGCUAUUUGACGGCAUAGCAACAGGACUGCUGGUGCUGAAAGAGCUCGGCAUCCAAGUCGAUCGCUACGUGGCCUCUGAAGUGUGCGAGGACUCCAUCACUGUGGGCAUAGUUCGGCAUCAGGGUCGCAUCAUGUACGUUGGCGACGUGAGGAACGUCACGCGCAAACAUAUACACGAGUGGGGUCCUUUUGACCUAGUCAUUGGAGGAAGCCCGUGCAAUGACCUUUCUAUAGUCAACCCCGCUAGGAAAGGUCUUUUUGAGGGCACCGGCCGCCUGUUCUUUGAGUUUUACAGACUGCUCCACGAGGCUCGGCCGAAGGAGGGGGAAGAGCGGCCCUUCUUCUGGCUCUUUGAGAAUGUGGUCGCCAUGGGCGUCAGCGAUAAGAGGGACAUCUCUCGCUUUUUAGAGUGUAACCCAGUGAUGAUCGACGCCAAGGAGGUGUCUGCUGCCCACCGUGCCCGCUACUUCUGGGGUAACCUUCCUGGCAUGAACAGGUUGGUGUGUGAAUGGCCUUUGUCCGCCAUGUGCAACGACAGGCUGGACCUCCAGGACUGUUUAGAACACGGCAGGACGGCUAAGUUUGGAAAGGUGAGGACCAUCACCACCAGGUCCAAUUCCAUCAAGCAGGGCAAGGACCAGCACUUCCCCGUCUACAUGAACGAGAAGGAGGACAUUCUCUGGUGCACUGAGAUGGAGAGGAUCUUUGGUUUCCCUGUCCACUACACGGACGUGUCCAACAUGAGCCGACUGGCGAGGCAGAGGCUCCUGGGCAGAUCGUGGAGCGUCCCGGUCAUCCGCCACCUGUUUGCACCACUCAAAGAUUACUUUGCCUGUGUUUGAGCGGCGCGACGACUCGCCCGGAGCCGCUCGGAGCUGCAGCGGUAUGUUUGCGGCUAGAAAAUAAGAGCCUUGAUCCUCGAGUUAUACUCUGGUGUAAUUUGCAAGCGAAACAUUGACGUAGAUUUCACAUUGUUUUCUUGUAUUUGAAUUUUUAAAUUCUUAUUCUAUUUAAUUUUGAUAUGUCAUUUUACCUUUUUAGCAGUGUUAUCAUGUUGAUUUGUUUUGUGCAAGCUAUACUUGAGACUAUGCUUUCUUCUCACUGAGACAGAAAAGUGCUAAAUAUGUAUUUUUUAAAAGAGACGGCAAAGCCACGGUGGGGCGGGGG